AUGUUUCUGGCUUUCGAUGAAUGGUGGGAUCGUAUGGAACUGAUAAAUAAGAGUUGUGCAAAGUUCAGGACUAAGACUUUGGAGCACCAGGAGUUGAUGGAGAUUGUCUUCACAGGCGCUGCUGCGACUGGCAAACAUCAUUGGACACCGGAGGAGAGGACUGUCGAAGCUAACGAAGGAUCUUCUGAUUCGGUUCAAAGCCUUGGUAUGCGGCCUUUCGUAGAUCCAAUCCCUUCUGUUGGUAUUGACGUAGAUGCUGAAUCGUCAAUGGAAGAUGUUGAGCCUGCGGUUGACCUUGGAGCAAAGAGGAAAAGCAAUACUCCCACAAGUUUAGAAAAGUCAAGGAAGCCGACUAAUGGAGCAUCUGCCAUGGCUGACAGCGUUAACAAUUUGAGCAAUGUCGUCCGUACUAAAAACCAAGAAGUUACCGUGAGGCACUUAACUGGGAAUGAGUCGUUGUACACCAUUUCAGAGUGCAUGGACAGGUUGAAAUCCAUUCCUGCCUUGGUGGGUACACCGUUGUUCCACUUUGCAUCAUCUCUUAUGGACAACGCUGAUUAUCAAGAGGUUACGAUGUGCCAGUCCAAUGAUGACCAUAUUAUCGAGUGGUUUACGCAGAAGCAACUAUAA